GUGGGGCGGUGCUGCUGCUGCUGGCGGGCCUCUGGGUGGAGGGGAUUCAGACGCAUCGUCUAGUGUAUCCCUUUCUCUUUCCCGACCUUCCUCAGUCUGCGGCUCUUUUCUCCACCGCGCACCCGCCUCAGCCGUUCAGCCCUGAGCUGGCGGGCGGACGGGCGUGGAUCCAGGCUGUGGGAUCAUUCUGCGAAGUCAGGGUAGGAAGGCAAUACAAAGGAGGCGACGCCCCAGCCCGGUCCUCAGGAAUAAGCGGCGUGCCGAGUGGUGUGGACGGUGCGGGGACGCUGUACUAAGUGCCUUAUCUGCAUUGUCAUUGAAUCUUCAUAGCAAUCGAUUGUGAUGGGUACUGGUCUUCUCCCCGGGUUGCAGAUGAGGAAACUGAGGCUCCAGUAACUUUGCUUUAGUCAGUAAAUGGUAAGAGUCAGAAAAUGAGUUCCCAAGCGUAGACUCGGCCAUACCGCUGCUCUGCCUUGCUAAUGACAAUCUACCUGUAAGCGACAUUUUUGACUAAAUGUCCUUUGAACACCUUUUGUGCUCAGCUCUGUAUUCGUGGGCCCUCCAAAGGGGGUACAGGCAGGCAGAGGGCUCCGUCCCUACUUUUUAGGUUGCACACAUCUGAACUGGUCGACUGCAGAUGCAAAUCAAGAGUGCGCCAGUGAGUGUGGUACAGGUGUUAAGAUGAAGUCCAGAUGGCAAUCAGCUGAAGUUACUGAAUACGUCGGGAAGGAGGCUGAUUUCAGCUGGCUGGGAUUGGGAAGAUCGAUGCGAGGACAUUCCAAGUCGGAAACAGCCGAGGCAAAGACUCACAGCAUCCGUCUUACAGUUCUCCAUGAUGCCUCAGAGAGCUGGAAAUGAUCCACCUGGUGUUUCAAAUGUGAAUGAAAUGGAAAUGGAGAUAAGUAACAUGAGAGAAAAGUUUCUCAUGAGUGUAACAAAGUUAGUAGAAAGCAAAAGUUACAACAGCAAGGUAUUUUCCAAAGAAAAGUACUUUCAAACAAUAAAGGAAGUUAAAGAAGCUAAAGAAAAAGGGAAGAAGUCAUCACGUGAUUAUCGCCGUGCGGCAAAAUAUGACGUGAUCUCUGUACAGGGCACAGAGAAACUGAUAGAGGCUACUCAUGGAGAACGUGAUCGAAUACGGUAUUAUGUACAUAAAGAAGAGUUGUUUGAUAUUCUUCAUGAUACACAUCUCAGUAUUGGACAUGGUGGGCGGACACGCAUGCUCAAGGAGCUGCAAGGAAAAUAUGGGAAUGUCACCAAAGAAGUUAUUGUCUUAUAUCUGACUCUGUGUAAACAGUGCCACCAGAAGAACCCAGUACCCAAGAAAGGCCUUCCGCCCAAGCCCAUGACUUUUAAGGACAUAGACUCCACGUGCCAAGUUGAAAUACUUGACAUGCAGUCAAGUGCCGAUGGUGAGUUCAAGUUCAUUUUAUACUACCAGGACCACUUGACCAAGUUUAUUAUUUUACGGCCAUUAAGAACCAAACAGGCCCGUGAGGUGGUCAGUGUCUUGUUAGAUAUUUUCACAAUUCUUGGUACACCCACUGUGUUAGACUCUGACAGUGGCGUUGAGUUCACAAACGAGGUUGUUCAGGAGCUCAAUGAGUUGUGGCCGGACCUAAAGAUUGUGUCUGGUAAGUACCACCCUGGCCAAAGCCAGGGCUCCCUGGAAGGAGCAAACCGUGAUGUGAAGAACAUGAUAGGUACCUGGAUGCAGAGUAACCGCUCAUGUCACUGGGCCAAAGGCCUCCGAUUCCUGCAGAUGGUGAGGAAUCAGGCUUUCGACGUUUCCUUGCAGCAAAGUCCAUUUGAGGCAAUGUUCGGUUGUAAAGCCAAAUUUGGGCUAUAUUCCUCAAACUUGCCCCGGGAAACCGUGGCUACUUUACAAACAGAAGAAGAGCUAGAAAUUGCUGAAGAACAGCUAGAAAAUAGCCUUUGGAUCAGGCAGGAAGAAAGAGUUGAGAUUGGAGCAGACAGAUCUGAUAUGGAUGAUGACAUGGAUCCCACUCCUGAAGCUACAGAACCCAGCACCUCACAAGGGGCUUCCGGUCUCCUCUGCUGGUGAACAGAUGGCUGCUGGGUGGACAGUCACAGGUGUCUCUCUGAGCAUAGUCAUCUGAGAACUGUUGCCAGAGGCCCCGGGGGAAAGGAUUGAAGGCUGCACUCUCAGGUCAAGUUGUACAUGGUAGCCCUUGCUCAAAAAGGGAAAAGUUUGGGUCUGUGUAUUUAUUCUUAGGGCUACCAUAAAAAAUUACCACAACCUGGCCGGGUGCAAGACUCAUGCCUGUAAUCCCAGCACUUUGGGAGGCCGAGGUGGGCAGAUCACUUGAGGUCAGGAGUUCAAGACUAGCCUGGCCAACAUGGUGAAACCCUGUCUCUACUAGAAAUACAGAAAUUAGCCAGGCUUGGAGGCAUGUGCCUGUAAUCCCAGCUAACCGGGAGGCUGAGGCAGGAGAAUCACUUGAACUCAGGAAGCAGAGGUUGCAGUGGGCCGAGACCAUGCCACUGCACUCCAGCCUGGGUGACAAAGCAAGACUCUGUCUC